AUGGUAAGUUUGCUAACAGGCAUCCUUUACAUGAUAGUCAUAGCAGAAUUUGUCACAGGAAAUGUUGCCAAUUGCUUCAUAGCACUGGUGAACUGCACUGACUGGGUUAAGAGACAGAAGAUGUCCCUAGUGGAUCAUAUUCUCACUGCUCUCGCGCUUUUCAGAAUUGGCUUGCUCUGGACAAUGUUAAUUUAUUCUCAUGCAGUGGUAUUUGAUUCAGCUUCAUACAGUCUUGAAGUGAACAUGUCAUUUCUUACUUUCUCAAUAAUAAGUAACCAUUUUAGCCUCUGGUUUGCUACAAGUCUCAGCAUAUUUUAUUUAUUCAAGAUAGCCAAUUUUUCUGGUUUUGUAUUUCUGUAUCUGAAGUGGAGAAUUAAGAAAGUGUUGCUUAGUUUAAUGUUAGGGAGUCUGGCCAUUUUGAUUUCUCAGAUUGCAGUGGAAGGCAUAUAUGACAAGAUGCUGGUCUAUGAAGAUGAAGGAAACCUCAUGUGGAAGGGCACACUGAAAGCCAGUUUACUUCUUUCAAGAAUGACUAUCUUCACCCUAACAAACUUCAUCCCCUUUAUUCUGUCCCUGAUAGCUUUUGUACUAUUAAUCUUUUCCCUGGGGAAACAUCUCUGGAAGAUGCAGUUCAGUGGCAAAGGAACUAGAGAUGCCAGCACCCAGGUCCACAUUAGAGCCCUGCAAACUGUCAUCUCAUUUCUCCUGGUGUUUGCUGGGUAUUUCCUGACUCUAACUGGCUCACUUUGGAGCUUUUACAAGAAGCAGAGCAGAUCACACCUUCUAGUCUGCCUGGCCAUAGAAAUCCUGUGUCCUUCAAGCCAUUCAUUUGUGCUGAUCUGGGGGAACAAGAAGUUGAAAGAGGCCUUUCUAUCUUUUCUGUGGCAGCUGAAGUGCUGGCUGAGAGAAAAAGUGUAG